UCUCCCACCUGUUCCUUUCCUCUCUCUCUCUCUCUCUCUCUCUCUCUCUCUCUCUCUCUCUCUCCUUAUUCUUCUUAAAUUCUUAUCACAAGAAAAAUACAGGUAGCUUCAAUGGAAACCAGCCUGAAAACCAAUCUUUUACUCUCCUAAAAGUGGUUUCUAGUUGACCCUUUCCCCGAAUACUCGAUCUUUGUCUCUAAAAAACCUGCAAAAUCAAGUCAGAAGUCCAGAGCGUGAGGAAUUAAGGAACAAUGUUUCAGCCUAACAUGUUUGAGGGUCACCACCAUCAUCAUCUUCUGGAUAUGAGCCACAAGUCCCCAGAAAAUCAGCUUGAUAUGCUUAGAGAUGAUGACUAUGAGAGUAAAUCCGGGACUGAUAUCAUGGAAGCUCCCUCAGGCGAUGAUCAAGAUCCCAAUCAACGUCCCAACAAGAAGAAACGUUACCAUCGUCACACUCAACAUCAAAUCCAAGAAUUGGAAUCGUUUUUUAAAGAAUGCCCACAUCCAGAUGAUAAACAAAGGAAGGAACUUGGAAGAAGGUUAACCUUAGAGCCUUUGCAAGUCAAGUUUUGGUUCCAAAACAAAAGAACUCAAAUGAAGGCUCAACAUGAACGCCAUGAGAACUCAAGCCUUAGGAACGAGAAUGAGAAGCUCCGAAUGGAGAACAUACGAUACAAAGAAGCCCUCACCAAUGCAACCUGUCCCAACUGCGGUGGUCCGGCAGCCAUCGGGGAGAUGUCAUUCGAUGAACAACAUCUGAGAAUCGAAAAUGCUCGCCUCCGUGAAGAAAUUGAUAGGAUAUCUGGAAUUGCUGCAAAAUACGUUGGGAAACCAAUGCUAAGUUACCCUAAUCUAACGCAAAAUGGACCACCGCGCUCUCUUGACCUACCGAUUGCAAGCUUUAGUCCACAACCAGUAAUGGUGGAUGACAUGUUUGGAACCAGCAGCCUUCUCCGAUCAGUUUCAGGCCCCAGUGAGGCGGACAAGCCAGUUAUAAUUGAACUAGCGGUUGCAGCCAUGGAGGAGCUGGUUAGAAUGGCACAAUCUGGUGAGCCAUUGUGGGUUCCAACCUCUGAUAACUCAUCAGAAACGUUGAAUGAAGACGAUUACUCGCAGACGUUUCCUAGAGGCAUUGGACCCAAACAGUUGGGAUUGAAAUCUGAAGCUUCAAGAGAAUCUGCUGUUGUCAUCAUGAAUCAUAUCAAUCUUGUUGAAAUUCUAAUGGAUGUGAAUCAAUGGUCGAAUGUGUUUUCUGGGAUUGUUUCAAGAGCUAUGACUCUUGAAGUCCUUUCAACUGGAGUGGCUGGAAAUUACAAUGGAGCACUACAAGUGAUGACUGCUGAGUAUCAGGUUCCAUCGCCACUCGUUCCAACCCGAGAGUACUAUUUUGUUAGGUAUUGUAAACAACAUGCCGAUGGGACCUGGGCUGUAGUCGAUGUUUCCUUGGACAACUUACGCCCUUCUGCAAUGUCAAGAUCUAGAAGAAGGCCAUCCGGUUGUUUAAUUCAAGAACUCCCCAAUGGGUACUCAAAGGUUACAUGGAUUGAACACGUAGAAGUCGAUGAUAGAGCUGUUCAUGAUAUAUAUCGGUUAGUAGUGAACUCUGGUCUAGCAUUUGGGGCAAGACGUUGGGUCUCAACUCUCGAUAGACAAUGUGAACGUCUCGCAAGUGCUAUGGCUAACAAUAUUCCAGCAGGAGACGUUGGAGUUAUAACGACACUAGAAGGGAGAAAGAGUAUGUUGAAGUUGGCUGAGAGGAUGGUGUUGAGUUUUUGUAGCGGUGUUGGAGCAUCGACUACGCAUACGUGGACGACUUUAUCUGGAAGUGGGGCGGAUGAUGUUCGUGUUAUGACCCGAAAAAGUGUGGAUGAUCCGGGUAGGCCUCCUGGUAUUGUGCUAAGUGCUGCUACAUCAUUCUGGAUCCCUGUUCCACCAAAACGAGUUUUUGAUUUUCUUCGUGAUGAAAAUUCGAGGAGUGAGUGGGACAUCCUUUCAAACGGUGGAUUGGUUCAAGAAAUGGCACAUAUUGCCAACGGUCGAGAUCCAGGCAACUGUGUGUCGCUUCUACGAGUCAAUAGUGCGAAUUCAAGCCAGGGGAACAUGCUCAUACUUCAGGAGAGUUCAAAUGAUUCAACGGGUUCGUAUGUCAUCUAUGCUCCAGUAGACAUUGCAGCAAUGAACGUGGUGCUAAGUGGAGGUGACCCUGAUUAUGUUGCGUUACUACCAUCUGGUUUUGCUAUACUUCCUGAUGGACCUGGAAAACAUCAAGGAGGAAGAAUUCCAGAGUUGCAACGGUUAAUAGUCUUAUUAAGUGCACUGUUGAAAGGAUCAAAAACGCAGUGGCUCCGGAGAAUCCGUAACCAUCAUCAUCGUUUUUUUAAUGUCUGUGUGAUUUGCAGGGUCGAUGUAAUGGAUGAGGUGAUGGAGGAUUUAGGUAGGCGAUGUUUACUCUUAUCCUUUGAAACUGACGAAAGAAGUCAAGAACGAACCUAGUAAAAUCCUUUGGGGUUUGGUGACAACAUAAAAGAAUGUGUUUUUCGCCAUUCAUCGAAGGUUAUGGGUUCGGGUAUUGACUUUGCCUAGUUUACUGAAGAUUAUUGAGUAAACUAAAACCUUAUUGAGUGAUUUUUAGUUAAAACUCUUCAGAUUUAGGGUUUUUUGAGUUCUUUGUUUGAAGUGUGGUGUGUUAGAAAUGUAGUCUUGUAGCAAUUAAUUGCUCCUAACAACUUUGCCUCCUUGCAUCUCAUCUUAUUCUCUUCUGAUAAUAUGAUCAUUUUGGGUGUUUUUUGAAUAAGAGUUGCAAAAAAACUUGUAUGAUCAGUUAGGUAAGAAGGCAAAAUAUAAUUUUCUCAAAACCACUACCUUUUAAUGCGGCUAAAUAUUGGUCAAUGUGACCCAAGAACACUUUUUUUUAUCCACUUGUCUGUUUGUAUAAAGGG